UGGUCUCCCUUACAAAGACUCAAAACACAAAUUCACCCUAGUGCCGGUUAGAUACCCAUCGGCCGAGAUAGCAAUGGCGACGUCGCUGAAGAAGCAUGGUCCGCAUGGUUGCAAUGAAGGUUCUGCUUUUGACGUCGAGCCCAGCAAACCGCCUAAAACACUCACGAACAUCAAUAUUUGGAGCAAUGACGGCCCCGAUGGGAAAAUCAAUGCCAUAUCGUUCAACUACAUUGACAAUAAUGGGGAUGAAGUCCAGAAAGGUACAUACGGCAAAGAGGCUGGUACAAAACACUCGAUUCCAAUUGGACAAGGCGAGUAUUUGACCAACAUCUCCGGCUACAUCUGUCCGUGCAUCAGUGCGCUCAACUUCAAGACCUCAAAGAAUAAACCCUAUGGGCAGUUUGGGAAGUUCCCAAACACUGGAGACACUUCUUUCGUCAUUGAUGUGGAUCAAGACUCCAUCGUUGCCCUCUUUGGCCGCUAUGACGAUCAGAUCAGGGCCAUCGGCGCCUCUUCUGGUCCCCGGCUUGAUCAAUAGUGCCAUCGCGCAUAGUUAAAUAAAACAUGCAUCUCGUUACCAAGCUGGAGUACAUGGCACACGCUAGGCACUCGUAGGGAUGGAUGGAGCCCUGGUCUUUGCUUGAUCCCCGUACUAUAUUGUACUAUAUAAUG